UAUUCGAUAUGGAUUUGUUAUAUUGAACUUUUUUUUUUAGCAGGCAUUACUCCAUAUGUUAAUCUUAAUCACUACGAUUUACCUCAAGCACUUCAAGAUAAGUACAAGGGAUGGUUGAGUCAUGAAGUCGUGAAAGAUUUUACUGAUUAUGCAGAAUUUUGCUUCAAAACAUAUGGAGACAGAGUAAAGAAUUGGUUCUCAUUUAAUGAACCAAGAGUUGUUGCUGAUUUAGGGUAUAACACUGGAUACUUUGCACCUGGUAGGUGCUCCAAAGCAUUUGGCAAUUGUACAUCAGGGGAUUCUGCAACUGAGCCAUAUAUUGUUGCACAUAAUCUAAUCUUGAGCCAUGCUGCUGCAGCUCAGAGAUAUCGCGUAAAGUAUCAAGAGAAACAGAAGGGAAAAUUUGGAAUUAUCUUGGAUUUUGUUUGGUUUGAACCUCUGACCAAAUCCAAAGCUGACAAUUAUGCAGCUCAAAGAGCAAGAGACUUUGAAUUGGGAUGGUUUUUGCAUCCUCUAGUAUAUGGAGAGUACCCCAAAACCAUGCAAAAUAUUGUUGGAAAUCGGUUACCCAAAUUCACAAAAGAAGAGGUUAAGAUGGUCAAAGGGUCAAUUGAUUAUGUGGGCAUAAACCAUUAUACUACCUUCUACGCAUAUGAUCGCCAUCUAUCCAAACCAAAAGCCCUUGGCUACCGACAGGAUUGGAACUGUGCAUUUGCUUAUGAUCGGAAAGGCGUACCAAUUGGUCCUAGGGCGCAUUCCGACUGGCUCUAUAUUGUGCCGUGGGGUCUCUACAAAGCUGUCAACUAUGUAAAAGAACACUAUGGAAAUCCUACCAUCAUUUUAUCAGAAAAUGGUAUGGAUUAUGCAGGCAACAUUUCCCUUCCUGAAGCUCUGCAUGACACUAAAAGGAUUGAUUACUACAGAAGCUAUUUAGCUGAACUAAAGAAGACUAUCGAUAAAGGAGCUAAUGUCAUAGGCUAUUUCGCGUGGUCAUUGCUCGACAACUUUGAAUGGAGACGGGGUUAUACUUCUAGAUUUGGUAUAAUCUAUGUUGAUUACAGAACACUCAAGCGAUAUCCGAAGAUGUCAGCAUAUUGGUUCAAGCAAUUACUUCAACGCCAUAUGCAUUAAGCUCAGACUUUGCCUCCUGUAUUUGCUUUCUCUUUUAAAUAGUUUGCUUUGUAUAGGAAAUGCGUGUUUAGAGUAAUUGUCCCCCGUAAGUUGGCUUGGUGAUCUCUUCUUAGAGGCUAGAAUUUCUAGUCCUGGUAGUUUUAUAGAACAUCAUAUAGCCUUCCAGCAAUAUACACGGGCACUGUAGUUUCAUGAUUCGUAAUAUUUCCAUGAUUCCAACAUUUCCACAGUUGAAAUCGAGAUCAUCUCGCUUAUCA